AUGAUGUAAGAUUCAUUAUUUGCUGAAUCCUUUUGGAAUCCUAUUUCGCUCACUUCAUUUUCACAUGACGACGAUUAUAAUGUCUUUUAACUACACUCUGAAAACACCCCAGUAGUAAUAAGAGUCAUUGAUGGGUAAUUAAUAUCUAGUAGUUAAUAAUUGGAUUUAUUUCAAACAUACAUAACUUUAGAUGAGAAGGGAGUAACACUCCAAAAUCAAUUUGGAUAAAUUACAUACUCAGGGCCAUAAUUAUAGUAGUUUUAUGAACUCAUUAAUAAACUCUGUAUGCAUCUAGAUAUUCACAAUCAUUACUAAAUUGAGAAACAGACUCAUUAGUUAGAUAAUUUUGAAAUUUUUCAAUCUAGAGAUAAAAUGACUGGUAUUUUAAAAUCGAUAAAAAAAUACUCAAAAAACCUAGGAAAACAGUAUUUGAAGGACAUUCUCAGCUACUCAAAUUAUGAGAUUUUAUAUGAAGAUGACCAAUAUUUAUAUUUGGUCAUUUAGUAUUUAAAUGAAUAAAAUAUUCAAAACUUGGCUUUCGAACAGUCCUUCUUUGGAUUACUUAAACUUCUAUACAAUUAUCACAAGAAAGGAUUAGCGUUGAAUCAUUUUUCUGAAUCAAAUACCAUUUUGUUGGAUGAAAAUUAUAAUAUGGAAAUACUGGAUAAUUCUUAACUUAAAAGAAUUACUUAAGAUUAUCAAAACGAUGUCUUGAAAGAUGUGUAAAUUAUCAAAAGUUAUUUAAUUUAAUAAUUUCCCCACAAAUAAGAUACCCUCUUAGAUGUUGUUGAUACUACUUUUAACUCCGUACAAGAACUAUUAUUUCAUUAAUGUUUUAUUAAUUACUUUGGAGAGAGAAACUUUUUUGUGUUCCUCAAUGCAUAACCAUAUUAACAGUUAGGCUAUCUCUCUUCUAAUCCGUAAUUAAAUUUGCUUGAAACCUUCAACACUAUUAGAUCAAGCAUCAUGGAUUCAUCUGAUGAAUCAGAAGACGUCUAAUUAAUUAAUCAGUUUAAUUUUUGCUAAUCCCAGUUCGAAGACUCUCCAAUGCUCUCUCCUUAGUUGAAACCAAAACACCAAUCAAGAUUAUCAAGUAGAUAAGUUGUGCUAGAAACCCUAUUAAAUGAACAUAUAAUUACACCUGAAUAAUUCUAAUAGUUUUAUAAAGAAGAAGAUUUUCAGAACGAACAAGAAAUCAAUGAAUUCAGCGAGAUGCUCUCUAAGGAAAUUGAAAAUUCUUAACUAACAACUCCAAACUAAAGUGAAUCUACUGCUACAUGUCCUAACACAGUCAUUAUUCACUCAAAAAAAAAUGUUGUUAAUCGCAUUUGCGAUAUAAUACAUGAAGCUUAAUAAGAAUUUAUUGAAGCAACUAAAAACCCAUAUGAUGUUAAUAAAGUUUAGAAUGUAAGGAAGAAUCUAUUCAAUCUACAUUGA